AUGGUCUCAAACCAACUAAACAGCUUAUAUGUGAAAUUUCUCAAGAGGAAUCCUGGUUAUGAUGGAAAGGUUUCUUUAUAUGGUCAUUCUCUGGGAAGUGUCCUCUCUUAUGAUAUCCUUUGCCAUCAAGAGAUUUUGACCUCUCCAUUUCCAAUGGAUUGGAUGUACAAGGAACAUGCCAAAGAGGAAAAUGUUUCGGCUAAUAUCAAUAACCAAUCUUGUACUGUUGGUAAUGACGAUAUGGGUCCACAAACAAGUAUGUCAGUCCUUUUGGACGAACAUACUGAAGCCUCUUGUAUUCCUAUGGGUCCUCCUGUAUCAACAGAUUCAGAAGAACCUUCUGCCAUAGCUUUGGACUAUAAAAAAUCGAAUGACACCUCCUCAUCAGAUGAAGAGGCUCUUAAACCUAUUGUUGAUCAGAGUGACUCGUUGCUUGACAAACAGGAUGACUUGAAAGAACCCACAAGCAUGAACAGUGAAGUUUUAGUUUCUGAUUCAACACAAAUUGCUGAUGAAGUAUCUGAGAGUGACAAAGACAAAACAAUCAAAUUGCUCAGUGAAGAGAUUGGUUUCCUGAAAACCAGGAUCACAGAAUUAGAAUCUCAGGGUAUCGGUAAAGGAAAUGAAGCAGAUACUACAACCGUGACAAAUCCACCUGUUUCUGUGAGGCUCCCUUCUCAUAAGAAUGAGACACCAAAGAGUUACACCCCUUAUAUAAAGUAUACGAGAUUGAAAUUCAAG